UUUCAUCCCUUCCACUAAUAUCAUCCGUUUUUUGAAUUUUAACGGUUAUGUUGUGUUUACUGCUUAUUGUUUGACCAAAUAACAAUAGGUAGGCAAUUUUGCCGUCUUACACAUGGCACUUUUUUUCUAAGUAAUUCAGGUACAUUGAACUAUGUAAUAAGAUUUGUUAAGUAUCAUUUAUUUACCUGUUGUUUAAAUACUAUCAUUUACGUAUCUUCUUCAUAAUUGUUAUGUUUUUAAUAUCAUAAAAAUUUAAAUUAUUUCUACAAAUUUAUCGUUUGUAAUUUGAAUAAUAUAAAAAGAUGAUGCGUCGAAAAUUGAGUUUCAUCAACAAUGAAUGUUGUAAACCUAUGAGGAUGACGGAGAGCAUUGUGGAAGCCGAUAUUCAACGUCAAAUGCGAGAUAGAUUUGAUGAAGAAUGUCCUUACUCAUUGUCAAGAAGAAGUCCUAAAUCAAGAAAUUGUAAUUCACAAGUAUGGCAAGUAGCAGUUAACACAGUUACAAAAAAGAGUGAUGCCCUCAAACAUAGUAUGAAUUCAGUUUUUAGAUCAAUGAAUAAAUUAAGAACUGGUUUUAAAAUGGCUACUCAAAAAUUACGGCCAACUACAAGACGUCGUUUUAAAUUAGAUGAAUCACCUUUAACUCCUAAUACACCCAAAACACGGUCCAAAUGCUUAUUGGGUAGGACUCCCACUAAAAUGUAUAGCCCUUUUGCUAUUGAUACCCCACCAUCUUUGCGUAGAAGAUUUGCAUAUCGAAGGAAUCAAAAUUUAGAUUCUGAAAGUAACAAAUCUGUGAAUGGGAAGAGUGAAUCUUAUAGUGAUAAUUUGAUAAACAAUGAAAAUAAGCAGCCUAACAUUAAACCUAAGGUACCAAAUGAAAAUUAUGGCAGCUUAAUAUAAUCAUUAAGAAAUGUAACAUUUUUGUACUUUUUUACUUAAUGCUAUUGACAUAUUAUUAUAUUAUUUAUUUAUAUAUAUAUAUAUGUGUGUGUGUGUGUACAAUUAUGUUCUUUUUCUAUACAUUAGAAAACAUGGUAUGAUAACUUAAAAUUAUUGAGUCAUUUUUCAUUAUUAUAUUAAUUUUAAGAAAUUUUGAAUCUUAAAAAAAAAAAUUUUA